AUGACAAGAAAAAAAGGGGUAGACUCUGCCAAGGAUUCUCAACAUGGUAGCAACAAUGGAGAAUUUCUUCCCCUUUCCGUUUCUGAACUAGAAACAGCAAAACUAGCGUUGGUAAAAAUCGUGCAACGGGAAUGGUUUCAGGAUGAUAUUCAUAAUAUUUCAAAAUUCGGGGCUGUGAACAGGAGGAGUCCAAUUCUUAAACUAAAUCCAUUUUUAGAUGCGAACGGAAUUCUGAGAGUAGGCGGUCGUUUAAGGCAUGCAAAUUUGUCGUAUAAUGCAAAACAUCCAAUUUUAAUUCCAGCGCAACAUAGACUCACUCGGUUGAUUAUAAUUCAUGAACAUUGUCGUCUUUUUCACGCAGGAGCACAAUUAACUUUAGCAUCAAUUCGACAAGAAUUUUGGCCGUGUUCAGCUCGAAAUCUCGUACGUCACGUCAUAAACACUUGUGUAAUAUGUUUUCGCAAUUCACCAAAAUUGUCCACUACUUUAAUGGGUGAUUUGCCUGAAGCUCGCGUCAAAGGAGGCACACGACCAUUCGAGGCAUGUGGUAUCGAUUACGCUGGUUCUGUUUAUUACAAAGAAGGUCAACGAAAGAAUUCACGAUCAAUCAAAUGUUUCAUAGCGAUUUUUGUUUGUUUUACGACGAAGGCUGUUCAUUUGGAAUUGUCGAGUGAUCUCACUUCUGACGCUUUCUUAAAUAUACUUAAGCGAUUUAUCGCAAGAAGAGGACGUCCUAAUCAUAUAUAUUCCGAUAACGGUUUAAACUUUGUUGGUGCCGAGCGCGAACUCAGGGAAUUGUUUAAUCAUAAAGAAGCUAAGCAACAAAUUAUUGACAACAUGGCAAAUGAACAUAUACAAUGGCAUUUUAUUUCACCAAGGGCACCACACAUGGGGGGUCUUUGGGAAGCCGCCGUGAAGGCCGUUAAAUUUCAUCUUAUACGCAUUGCUGGAGAGGCUUCUUUAAGACAUGAAGAACUCAAUACAUUAUUAGUACAAAUAGAAGCAAUCCUCAAUUCGCGACCGUUGACACCGCUAUCAGCAGAUCCUAACGAUUUUUCGGUUCUUACUGCCGGUCAUUUUUUAAUAGGAUGUCCUCUCAUUGCGUACCCAGAACCGACUAUCACUGAUCUAAAUAUCAAUAGACUUGACCGGUGGCAACGCGUCGAACAAUUGCGACAACAAUUUUGGCUACGCUGGACGAAGGAAUAUUUACAUGUCUGUCAGCAGCGCAGUAAAUGGAAUACCAUUACAAAUCCCAUCCAAAUAGGACAACUUGUUAUUUUAAAGGAAGACAACUUGCCUCCUUUAAGUUGGAAAUUAGGGCGAAUAAAAGAGGUGUAUCCAGGUCAAGAUGGAAUUAUAAGAACCGCAUUAAUCCAUACGGCAAGGAGUGAUUAUAAACGUCCAAUUACCAAACUUUGUGUACUUCCCAUAAAUUAA